CCUCCUCCUCCUCCUCCUAGCCCAUCACGUGGGAAGAGAGCCCCGCGGCUCCUCGCAGCAACUGGGGAAGGAGCAGAGCCGCGUGGGGUUGGAGAGCAGCGCCUGCGAUCGCCUCCUGUUCGUCGACCUUGUUCUCCUCGCUCUCGGAAGGCGCUCUCUUCCCUCUCCACGAGGCCGCCAUGAAGCUGCUGCUGGUGGCCGCGCUGUUGCCCGUCUGCUUUGCUGCCCUGUCGGUGACUUCUACAGGACCGAAUGUGACCUCCUCAGCUCCCCAUUCAAGUUCAAUAACAACUGUUCUUAAAGCGAAUACUACCACCCCUGCCCACAAUGCGACAAACAUGACGACCCCGACUGCUCCUGCCACCACAGUCGGCACCAACAUAACCACCAGUGCCCAUCCUGAAAAUAAAACGAGCGCAAAGCCCACCACAAUGAAACCUGUGUCUCCUAAUGUGACCACAGCGACUUCCAAGGCUACUUUGCCUUCUGCUUCUGCGACAGUCACUCCCAAAGGUGCAGCGGCUCAAGUCUCAUCCUCAGGAUUCAGCGCAGGCAGCUUCAUCGGCGGAAUCGUCUUGACGCUGGGACUUCUUGCGGUUGGCUACGUCGGAUGCAGGACGUACCACGCGAAACGGGGCGUCCAGUACCGAACCAUUGAUGAACACGAUGCCAUAAUUUAAAGCCUUCACUCAGAAGACAUAGAUGAAACCUCACUCUUGUUCCUGCUUUUAGAAGCAAUCUCUUCCGCCUACGGAAAACAAGCCUUAAUGAAAAACUGUCCAGAGCCUACACUGGGUGCUUAAUUGCUUUUUGGGGGGGGGGCACCUUUCUGUAAAAUUAUGGGGGACCCAGAUUCUGCAAGGAUGCUGAAUAUUUCAAAGUGCUUUCACUGAAGAGUUCUGAGGACCGUCUACAAAACUGGUCCCUACUUGGUGACUGAAGACAUGAGCUUAGCUAAAAGUUGUGACUUCUUAGCCAUUACACGCUGAAAAUCAGGAGAUGUGGGCUCCACAACAGAACACAAUGCUGUGAACAUGCUUAUGUCUGCCACUCUUAAAGUUACAUAGUCCUUUCGUUCAGCAAAUAAACCAAGCUUCUGUUUUUCAAGAUGGCAGGUGAAUCCAAAA